GCUCUGCGACGGAAGACUCCUUUGAAUGAACGAAAACCUCCUCCGCACACAUAUUCGAGCAACAGCGGCACGAUGUCGUCGUCGACACGGCCACGACUCGCAGUAAUACGACGUCCCCGCAGUACACAGUGCUCGUUGAACGGUUUAUCUACGGACUCGCGCAAACUACUGCGCGGCGGAGAAAAAGGAAGACUUGCGGAACAACACGAACGAAUCCUGGCGAAAGAGUUCCGUGGUUGAACCGCAAAGUGUGAUGGUGCAGCGGAAGCUUAGUCGGAGACAUCUAGUGGACAUGCCCUGACCACCUCCUCCCCUUUUUCUUGGAUAUGGAGGCCUUCAUCAACGAAAUGGUUCAGCCUCGGGUGCUCGACCUAAUUGUGCUGAUUCUGCCCAAAUGGAAGCUGCUCGUGUACAUCCUCCUGAUGAACAUCACCAUCUUCUCACCGCUGUACUUCUUCAACGUGAUCCUGAUCGGCCGGCCCGACCUGCAGCUCAUCUGCCCGUCCGUCCUGCUGUUCGGCUUCAACCAGAUCCACCGGGCGCUCUUCGUGCGCCACAACCUCAACAACACACGCUCGAUGCUGACCGGCGGUUGCAUCCUGAGCGCGGCGAUCACAACCAGCGGACUCGUCAGUAUGCUGACGAACGAUCGCGGGACGGUGCUCACCGUGGUGCUGCUGUACAGUCUCGUUGGGGGCUAUGGCUACCAUUUGGUGUUUUCCAAAAUGUGGAAGAUCCUCGCGAAGAUCUUCAACGCCAAGAAGGAGAUGUUCGUCAUCAAGUUUCUGCACUCGUUCGGACAGUCCGUAACGCCACUGCUUCUGCUAGCGCUGUUCCACUGCCCGUGGACCGAUUACAUCUACGGAGCGCUGCUGGUUCUAUUUGGAGGUUUGCUACUCAACCUGAUCCCCGUUACCAUCCUGAUCGAAAACGAGAAGAACUUUCUCAAGCUCGAUCAGGACUCGUGCAUCAAACACACCGCCAAGGGGAAGGAAUCUUUUUAUGCCGAUGUCACCAAGAGUUACUGUGCUGUAGCGGUGGUAGAAUCAGAACAGCCCAACUCGCCAGCAAUGCCUGAACCCGCGAUGAGUUGGAAGAAUCCGGCAAAGUGCAGCCGCGAUGAAUACGUCCCGGUGACGUUUGGCUGCGAAGACGACUUUGACGACGAUGGGGUAGAUCGCGACGGUAAGUAUUUCAACGCGGACGGCGUCGAGAUCCUGGAGAUGAUCGUCGAGGAGGACGAGGAGAAUAUGGCGGAGUACGAAGCGGAAGAUACGGCUGGAGAGCAACAACCACCCGGCAGUAAGACUGGCAGCGGCGGAAAGGAUCACUGGUUCAUCCUGAAUCGGCUGUGCACCGGGCUGGGCAAGUACUACCAUAGCAUCCGCAUGCGACAGAACUUUAACGGCAGGUUGUUGAAAUCGCUGCGCUUUGCACUUCGGGAUCUCAAGUUCUACAGCUGCCUGCUGCUCAAAUCCACCGACCUGUGCGUCUUCCUGCUGUUUCUUACGCUGCUGCCCCGAUUCAUGCAGUUCCACUACCAGUUCAGGGGGAAUCCCCGCCGGAUGGUGCUGCUCGCCGUGGUCAUUAUCUCAGCGUCCUGGGCCAUGUGCGCGAUGCUGCUGCUGUGGUGUGACCUCAAGUUCCGCAAGCAGCAGGACAAGUUGCUCAUCUUCAGUAUCCUGUUCAAGGUGUUUGGGUACUUUUGUGUGUACUCUACGCGGUCCAGCUUCUGGACGGUGAGCGGGUGCGUGCUCAUCGGGGUGGGCCACUCGAUUGCCUGUUCGUACCAGGAGUUUGUCAUCAAGCGGAAGUUCACCGCCAGCCAGUGGAGUUUGGUGAAGGGAGCGCUCUGUCUGGUGGGCGGGCUGCUCGUCGUAGUGAUAGCUAGUUUGAUUAACGUUGCGUACGUGUACUGUAAGAUAGACAACGUGUUACUCGUAGUGCUGCUGCUGUACUGUUUCAGUGGAAGCGUUUGGUUGGCGUGCAAUUUUAGGAUUAUUUUUCGAUAGUAAAAGACACUGAACGAA